AUGCACCUGUCUUCAUUUGGGACCAGCAUUGACCGAGCGUUGGAAGAAGCUAUCGUGGGUGUCCUCAACGGCAAAAUGUUUGGCAGUGGAAAUAAGAAGUGGUUUGUGAAGAAGCAAAGGAGACAGCAGCACUUGUGUGGAAAACGACCCUACUCUAGAAAGAAGAAAAGAUGGGCCGUGAAGAUCUUGAAACAAAACCGGCAGAAGAUUUUGAACGAAUUGGAUGUCAACACCGUCCUGCCGUAUCUAGUCUAUGAGAAGGUCUUUUCUUUAGGGGAGUAUAAAGAAAUACUGUCCCAGGACACUAGACAAAAAAGGACAGAGAUGUUCCUGGAUUACCUGUCCUCGAAAGGUCCCACCGCAUUCUGCUCCUUCUGCUCUGUCCUGGAGGAAGUGCACCCUCACCUGCUCACUUGCUUCCUACUGGAUGGACAAGAUGGUGUCCUGGGACGAGCCAAAAAAGGGGGGCCUGCUGUUCCCCUCAACAACCAAGUGGAGCAGCCCACAUGCUCUCCACCUCUGUAUACCGACCCCCUGUUUGACUCAAGGAUCCACCCGAGCCCCACUGCUGGCUCUGGAGCAUCAUCAAGUCACGGAAAAGGCAAACCAUCACUGCGCCGCAUCAAAGGCCGCAUUCACCGCAGCAAGAGCCUGGACAGCAUUGACCUGCUUGACUCCAAUGAUGCUGGCUGUGGGAUUGCUGGCUGUGGGAUUGCUUUAGCCUUUGUCAAACAUGUACAAGGACUUCAGCCAGCCAAAUUGAGAAGAAUCUGGUGA